AUGUCCUCAAAUGCGGCCAAGGGAUCGGCUGGAGUCUGUGCAGUAUCAACUCUGUUCCUGGUUUACGCAGUCACCACAUCCGGCUCGUUGGUACUGACGGAAUGUGCCUGGCUGAGCGCGUUUUCAACCGCAGUUCUUGUUGUUGCUACAUACGGGGAUAGUCUAGCCAAGAGGAAGGGAAAAGGUGGAAAGUAAGUUGUUUGCAGUUUUUCUUUAAAGAUUUUAGGAUGUUACACUUGAUAUCAACAACUGUAUCGCUGAUUUUCUAGGUAUACAUAUGGAUUUGCCCGAGUUCCAGUCCUCGCUGUAUUUAGUUCCACCGCUUUGGUCCAACUGUCUUCAGUUUUCUUGUUGAAAGAGAGUUUGGAAUCGAUAUUAGAUUUAGGACAUCAUCAUGGUGCACAUGAAUCAAACACAUCGCUGUUCAUUCUCUCAGCGAUAGCAGUGUCUCUCUCAUUAGUAUUGGCUGCCUAUGCGAUCCCUCAUAAUCCUUUUAAUCAUGUUUUGGCCGCAGCUUCUUCAUCUAUUGUUCAAGUGGGUUCAGUUUUACAUGAUAUGUGGUUUUUUAGGUAUAAUUAAAUCGCUUGCUUAGGCACUGAGGACCUUAAAGAAGUUGUCAAUCUAAGUUUGCGUUUUCAGGAGCACGCCGCUGAUCUUUCCCACGCCAUUUGCAGUGUUAUCCCAGGACUCUCCCGAAUUCUUCUUCCAAGAAUCAACGCCUUAACCUUGCUGGCCUCCUUAUCUACAGUAUCGUGUUUCCUCACAGUCAACCUCGUUGAGUCUUAUGAGUGGAUUGAUGCUAUAUGCGCUGUUUUUCUCGCCUUAGCAGCCUUCUCCACUAUGAUGCCGUUAUCAACUUAUACUGGUCUUAUUCUUCUUCAAACAGUCCCAGCUCAUGUCCGAAAUCAGAUUGAUCGAUGUUUGGCGGAGGCUCAGACCAUUGAAGGAGUGUUGGAGCUGAGAGAAACUCAUUUUUGGCAGAUAGACUUUAGCCAAAUCGCUGGUUCGGUUGAUGUUCGGAUAAGAAAAGAUGCCAAUGAACAGCUGGUGUUAGCGUCAGUGACGGAGAAACUGAGUGGCUUGGUCAAUACUCUUACUGUGCAGGUGGGUAAAAAUUUAUUUUUGAGGAUUUCGGUAGAAAACUUAAUUUUCGACAAUUUUGAUGUCAACCAUAAAUGGAUAAUUAUUUAAAAUUUAUACCUUUUUCUUACCAGUCUCUAUUUUGAGGUUCUAAAAGACGUAACGACCUCCUGGAACACCCUUCAUGCAGCUGUAGGCCCUCCACCUGUCCCAAUUCAAGGUUAUCAUCACUCAACUCCAGUUGAACAUCAUGAUCAUGGCCAUGAACAUGGCCAUUCUCACGACCAUGGGGCACAUGGGCACUCUCAUGACCACGUUCGUCACCAUUAG